AUGGAUGGUGAUGGGGAUUGUACCGAUGAACAAAGUGUUGUUAAUGUGGUUCAAGGCAAAUACUAUCUGUGUGAUGCUGGGUACCCUACCAUGCCAGGUUUCAUAUCUCCAUACCGUGGUGUUCGAUAUCAUUUGAAAGAACAUUCGGGUAAAACACCUAAGAAUAGAAGGGAAUUAUUCAAUUUAAGACAUUCUUCUUUGCGGUCUAAGAUUGAAUCUGCAUUUGGCACAUUGAAGAAUCGUUUUAAGAUUUUGUGUGCUAAGCCGCAUUAUCCAUUUCCUACACAAGUAGAUAUCGUAUUGGCAUGCACGAUACUUCAUAAUUUCAUCGCAACUGUUGACCCAAGCGAUGAACUACUCAGCGAGUCCGAAAUUGAUGAAGAUAUUGAUGGUGAGGUGACAAAUGAGAAUGAUAACAAUUUAGUUGAUUUUACUCAGACUCAAACUCAAAGAGAACAAACUGAAUCAAGAAAUGAGUGGAAGACCCUUAGAGAUAACAUUGCUUGGGCGAUGUGGGUGGACUAUUGUGAUAAGUAUAAUCAUGGUGUAACUACUGAGACUUAA